AUGCCACUAGUCCUUACAUUCACCCAGUGGGAUGGUGCCUGCAGCAGGGGAAAACCCUUACAAAACCCCCAGAUUAUCAUGAUCCUAAACGGUUUACAUGGGAGAAGUACUUGGAAGAAACAAAUUCUCUGCCUGCUCCUGCACGGGCAUUUAAAUCACGCCCCAUGCAUGGAUUUCUACCAAACAUGAAACUUGAGGCUGUUGAUAAGCGGAAUCCAAUGCUGAUUAGAGUAGCAACAGUUGUAGACACGGAUGAUCACAGAGUAAAGAUACAUUUUGAUGGCUGGAACUAUGAUUAUGAUUACUGGAUUGAUGCUGAUAGUCCUGAUAUCCAUCCUGCAGGCUGGUGUGCUAAAACUGGACACCCUCUUCAACCACCUAUCAGCCCAUUAGACUUGGUGGAAGCUUCUGAGCAAGGAGGAUGUCCCACUCCAGGAUGUAAAGGGAUUGGACAUAUAAAAGGAGUGAAACAUUCAGGUCAUCACAG